UGCAGUGCACUUCAGCGGUCGCGUCUGCAGCGGAAUACCAUCUCUAGAGACAGGAGGUCAUCAUGUCUGCUGACUCUGCUAGCGAUCUAAAGGAGAAGGGUAACACAGCCUUUGCUGCCAAGCGCUACGAGGAGGCCGAAGGCUUGUACUCCCAGGCUAUCGCCAUGCUCGGGGAAGAAGCACCCCACACGCUAUUCGGCAACCGGGCAGCGGCGAGGCUGGGCCUGGGGCUGCCGCAGCAAGCGCUGGAAGAUGCUGAGACGGCCAUCAAGAAGGACGGGACGUGGCUCAAGGGGUACCACAGAAAGGCUUGCGCUCAUCAGGCCAUGGGAGAGAGAGGAGUCGCGCUCGAGACGUACCGGCACGCCCUCGACAUCGAACCCAAGAACAAGUGGCUGCAGGAGCAGGUCCGGCGAGCGAGGGCCGAAGUCGUCAGCGCCAGCAAAGUCGAGCCCAUCGAAUCCGUCGACGCGUGGAUUCUUGUGUUCGAGUCGAUGUCGGACUCAAGGGAGCGACUAUCGACGCUGGCACACCUGUGGAACCAGUGCGAAAUGCCGGAUAGGCACGAGAUCUUCGGGCAGUUUCUGUCACUGAUCGCGGGCGCGGGCACUCAGCACACGGGGGUCAAGCCCGAGGAUUUCACGGAGGACAUGAUGGUGUCGCUGCCGAUGGACAACUACGAGGACCUGAAGCCGGUAGACACGUGGAUGGCGUUUUUCAGGGGGCUGGCCCGCGAGGAGAAGGUGCAAGGCUUCAAGCGCAUGUGGGAGUCCACGGAGGACAAGGAGAAGAACGUGAUCGUCAACGACCUGCGGCAUUUUUUCCUCGAGCCGUUGAUAAACGGAGGUUUGUCUCAAGCGGAGGAGGAUGAUGAUGACGACUCGGCCGAAGAGGGAGAGGGGGUGGCGGCGGUGGCGGCGGCGGCCGCCGAGUUGGAGGAAGGGGCGAAGGUGACUAGCGACGUGGGAUUGGCCGUACCAGCUCCAGGGACGGGUGGGGCGGUAGGCAGCAGCGAGCGGCAAGACUGAACCUCCGCGUGCGACUGAAGGGGAUACGCCGGUGCGGUAAAGAACAGCUCAACAUCACUGCUGUUUGGCCGUACUGUAGAGACCGGCGUUUGUUACCGGCACUUCGGAGAGACAAGGGCCCGUUGUGUUGUAGCUGGAGCGUUGCUGGUGAGGCGAGAUAUACUGGCGGCAUAGGAGUGUACUGCGAGUGUUUUCUGCUUUUAUUCAGCCUAAACUGUGGCGGGCGCCCGCAAAUUGUGUCGGGGCAAUGUACUGUUUCUACCUCUGCGGGCAGUUGGGAAAGGGCAAGUCCCUAUGUAGGUUUGUCAGAAAGCUCUGUUUUCAGUUGAGUUUGGGAGCCGUUCAUCAGCAUGCGAAGUCCAGCAAGUGCUUCGACGGUUGUCUCGGAGUGAUUCUUUGAUUGGACAAGGUUAGGUCUGGUGCUGGGCAACGUAUGCAUACUGCUGCCUUCAUUUUGUACUUCGAAGUAGUUUUUUUGUGUGAGCGCGGCUCCUGAGUGAGGAACAAACACACACGUGUUGUACGAGUCCAGCUGGAGCAGGUCGCACUUUGUGUGAAGCUGGCGGAGUAUGCGUUUUAGUCACUGGCAGGCCAAAGCCUGUGCAUGCCCUAGGUUUGACGUUUAUACAUUUCAGUGUUGUGUCGCGUUGUUUGCAUUUAUUUUGUGGAAGUUGUAGGUCUGUUUCAGUUGGACAUGCCCCCCUCCACUUCUUCCAGGGGGGGGGGUUCGUGGUUGC